GGCCACUCCUGGUGUCGCGCGUGCUACGUGAAGCAACGUUACGCCACCACGUCCCCGCGCUGCGUCGCUGCUGCGUCCGCGCGGACUCAGCUCGCCCUGCGGAAGCUCGUCGAUCGUCCGAACGGCAGGAAGCGAUCGAGAGCUCGAGGUACACAGGACCAGAAGCUACGCCUAGGUGGGAAGAGCGUUCGCGAUCGAGGCGUCGUUCGGAGCGCGGCAUCAGUGACGCCUCCGCGGCGCCCGGCGCUGACGCCGCGCCGUCGUCUCGUCGUCGUGCCGGAGUACGUGUAUGUACGUACGCCUCGUCGCCGUCUCUCGACGCCAUCGACGGGUUUCAAGCCGCCGCGACGCCGAAGGGAUACCUCUCGCCCGUCCUGUGACACUGGAGCCAUUGGCGACGCUUCCGUGUGGCGCCUCAGUGACCUCUCGUGAACGCUUUUCUGGCUGUACAAGAUCAGUAUGAGUAGGAACAACGAAAGUGGUAUGUCGUUAGCAACGUCACCAGCGAUCCACGUUGGGCCUAUCGUCACACCAGGGUCCAACGAAACGAUUUCCAUCGUGAUACCGUUAUCAGCACAGCUGACCACAAUGGCUAGUCAGAAGGUUGACAAGAAUUAUAAGGAUAGUGUGAAGGACCCAAAGCGACCAAUUGCAACGGGUCCCAUUCCUCCUCGAAGGAACGAAAGAACGAAAGGCUGUCCCUUUCUCAUGUGUCCGCGAUACGGACGAUCAUUCUCCAGAGCGCAUGAUUUGAAACGGCACAUAGCUCGGCAUACGAUGCGUAUGGAGAAGCUGCAGCAAAACAACCAAUCGAAAGUUAAUAUUAAAGUCGAGAACACAGAGAGCGAUGCAACUUUACGAGGCAACCUUCUGCACGACACGGAGGACAAGGGCGGACAAUAUUCUUGUCCGCGAUGUAAGAAAAGGUACAACGAUGAGAACAAGUUCAAGGCUCAUCUGGCCUCACAUAACAAAGCAACGUCAAAGAACAAUCACUUGAAGAAUAUGGAUCAUACCAAGAAAUCUUCGACAAAAAAUUCUGGUGAAGAUGAAUUUUUUCUGGAAGAGAUGCUGUUGCUAAAGAAGGAUCCUCUAAGGCUCCCACACGAGGACGAUAUGAAUAAGAACAACUCGAAGAACGACGGGAAAAUUAAGUGCGAUUAUUGUUCAAAGACUUUCAAAACCAAGUGGACUCUGAGCUCGCACGUGGCCGCUCAUGAGGGCCGUUUCCAAUUCGACUGUGGUCAAUGCGGUAAGAAAUUCGUCAGAAAAAGCCACUAUGAGGGUCAUGUGCGCUCUCACGAGGCCGCUAGACCAUACGCCUGCGAGUGCGGUAAAACGUUCAAAGAGCUGAAACACCGCCGCGAACAUGCCAGGAGGAAGCAUCCGAGUAACCAGAACGCAAUACAGAGUUUGUUAGACAGCAUCGGAUCGUGCACGACUGAAGAGACGAACAAUGACCAAACCAAAUCAUCAUUCACUUUGUUAAUGCCGGCGCAUGUAAAUUAUGGCGCAUAAAAGUUGGAGGCCUUUGACGUCUAGAGAUUCCUGCGAAUCCAUUGUAAAGUAAGAGUUUUGAUUCCUCGAACUUCCGAAACGACAGGAUCCAGAUUUCUCAGAACUUGGAAGCAUGCUUAGAAGAUUGUGGGUCCUUGGAGUUUUGGUCUAAAAAAAAAUUAAAUCCUUGAAACUCUGAAUGCUUGGGAAAUUGGAUCCUUAUUUGGGAUCCUUGAAAAUUUGGUUGCUUAAGAAAUCUUUGGAAAUUUCAAUUUCUUGAAAAUUAAAAUUUCCAAUUGCUUGUGAUUUUUAGAUCCUUGAAAUUGUGGAUCGAUAACAACCUAUGUAUUUAGAGCUUUGGAUCCUACAAACUGUCGUUUCUUUCGUAUCUUCGGAGUUCUGAAGGAUUUAACAAAGUAAAAAUUAUUUUAAAAUUCUCAUAAUUCCAAUAUUUUUCAAUGACCAGAAAGUAAUAUUUUCAAACGAUAACUUUUUCAAGUUAGAUGGCGAACCAGAACUUAAUUGACUUUAAUAAUUAAUAAAUCAAAACCAUAACCCUAUAAUUAUAUUCAAUUUAUUAUUAUACUUUACAAAAAAUAUAUUGAAAAAAAUAAAUCUUAAGUCAGUCAA